GACCGGUAUGACCACAGACAGUAACGUGUGCGCGUGCGACCAGAAAACAAGCUGAAAAACAAAGUUUAUCUGCGUCAUUUAGACUAAAAUCAAAGCAGCAUGUCAGAGGCUUUGAUCCUGCGAAUAAAGGAGCUGGAGGCAGAGCUGGAGAAGCUCAAGUCCCAGCUGAAGGAGAGCAGUGAAGCUGGAUGUGACAUGGAGCUGAUGUCCAAAACAUCUGCUAAUGAAAACAAAGACUGCAGACCCAAUGGCAACACCAGCAGCAGUCAGAAGGGUAAGAAAGCAGGCAAAGAGCGACCUUUUGACUUCUCUGCACACCCUCGCCGCCAUGUGGCUCUGCGGCUGGCGUACCUGGGAUGGGCCUACCAGGGCUUUGCAGUUCAGGAGAACACAGACAACACCGUGGAGGCCAGACUGUUUGAAGCUUUGCUAAAGACGCGGCUGAUUCAGGACCGACAGAGCUCCAACUACCACCGGUGUGGUCGCACUGAUAAAGGAGUCAGCGCCUUUUCCCAAGUCAUAACCAUCGAUUUGCGCUCCACGCAGAUUUGUGGAGGGAUGGGAGUCACACUCCCUGAAAAUGUUUGUACCAAGAAUAAAGCACCUGGCUCUGAGCUUCCAUAUGUGAAGAUGCUGAACAGAGUCCUGCCCCAGGACAUCAGGAUCUUGGACUGGGCGCCAGCAGCAGAGGGCUUCAGUGCACGCUUUGACUGUCAGUCCCGCACGUACCGGUACUACUUCCCCCGUGGAUCCUUGGAUGUGGCGUUGAUGGCAGAUGCUGCAAAAAGAUAUGAGGGCACUCAUGACUUUCGCAACGUGUGCAAAAUGGAUGUGGGCAACGGAGUCCUGCAGUUUGAGAGGACCAUCUUGUCAGCAUCAGUCAAGCCUGUGCAGCCUCAGCACAUCUCCAGCACAGACCAGUAUGACCUCUUCAUAUUUGAGAUCAAAGGACUGGCCUUCCUUUACCACCAGGUACGAUGCAUGAUGGCACUGCUUCUCCUGAUAGGGCAGAAACUAGAAGCCCCAGAGAUAAUUAAUCAGCUCCUGGAUGUUCAGAGUAACCCCAGGAAGCCUCAGUACAGCAUGGCAGUAGACUACCCGCUAGUGCUGUACGACUGCCACUUUGAAGGUUUGAGCUGGAAACAGGACAAUGAAGAGGUGAACCACGUCCUGUCUGCGCUGCAACAACACUGGACCCAGAAUGCGGUCAAGACCCAUGUCCUCCAUGGGAUGAUCCAGGGUUUGGAGGCCAUAGGUGGAGUAUCAUCUAACCAUUGCUGGCUAGUAGAAGGCAGCAGGCAGAGAAACUACCGGCCCCUGCUGGAGCGUCCAUGCUGCGAGAGCCUGGAGUCCAGGAUAAACCAUUUUGUCAAAAGGGGCAGGCUGGAGCGGGAGGAAGGUGAGAACGGAGGUGAAAUGGUCCACAGAGGGAAAAGGUCCAAACAUUCCCACAGUUCCUCCAGUCUGUCUGGUCCUGCAGAGAUGCCAUCGUCAAAACAAAGUGCAGAUCAAGAAGGAGAACACUGAUAUUUUCUCACAGGAGGAUGGACUUGCCAGAGUUAAUUUUGUAGUGAUUUUUGUUCAUGGGAAAACUCUAUAUUUACAUUUUAUUUCAUGAUACAAAUGUAUCUUUUUCAUUUCAUAACAACAGUGUACAUUUUCAUUCAUGCAAAUAAAC